AUGCGGCGCGGUCUCAUCAUCUUCAUUCUCGUCAAUCUCCUUAUACUCUCCCUCUUGAUCCGCAGCGUCUCCACACUCCUUUCCCUCCUUCUCGAAGAUGCCUCUGCCGACGCGAUCCACCGUUCGGAGCUGCCUUCACCCAAUUCCAGCUUGAUUGAGACGCGUCCGCAAGUGAUACCCAAGAUCAUCCACCAAACUUAUAAGAAUGAGACGAUCCCCGAAGUGUGGCGCGAGGCCCAGCAAAGCUGCAUUGAUCUCCACCCAGACUACGAAUAUAUUCUGUGGACCAACGAGAAGUCGCGCGAGUUUAUUGCUGCGGAGUAUCCCUGGUUCUUGGAGACCUUCGACAACUACAAGUACCCCAUUCAGCGCGCCGAUACCAUCAGAUACUUCGUUCUGGCCUACUACGGUGGAACCUACAUUGAUUUGGAUGAUGGAUGCAAUCGCCGCCUCGACCCUCUCCUAGCCUAUCCCGCCUGGGUGCGUCGAACAGUCCCCACUGGAAUUUCGAACGACGCAAUGGGCUCGGUCCCCCAGCACCCAUUCUUCCUCCGUACGAUCGAAUUGCUGCAGCAAUAUGACCGCAGCUGGCUUCUCCCGUACAUCACUGUCAUGUAUACUACCGGUCCACUGUUCCUUUCAGUGAUUUGGAAAGAAUACAUGCAGACCAGGCCCAGUGAAGCAGGUCGCGUCCGCAUCCUGAUGCAAGACGAGUACAACCGGUUCUCCUGGAGCUUCUUCACCCACCACAAGGGCAACAGCUGGCACGGCAAGGAUGCGCACCUCAUCUUCUGGAUGGGUCAACACUGGAUGUUCCUGACCUUCCUCGGGUUCGCUCUUGCGGGCGUCGUUGGCAUCUGCCUCUGGUGGACAUAUGGUCGCGUUAUGCUCCUGGGAGCCAAAUAUCGCUACCGCUAUUCCAAGGUGCCCACCAUCGUCACCUCUCCUCGAUCUUCCUCCUCGCCUACUCGACGGGCUCGGAGGAUGGUGCCUACAUUCUUUCGCCGAGUAAGCUUCAAAGAAGACGAGGAGGCCAGGGGGCCUAUCGAGACCUCAUAUGAACUGGGUCGCCGUGAAGACUAA